UGGUAUAUCAGCAUAUAUCGAGCUGGGAGCCCACAACAACUUCCCACCGCGCUGCAACCUACGCUGUGAUGUCCCAGUCUACCAGGAUUUCCCCCAUAACCCAUCAUCCUGAACUUCAGCCGAAAACAUAUGCGCUCGAGUCGAAAGACUCUAACAAAAGGACAGUUAACAGCAUGUCGCAACCUGUAAUAUCGGACGAUCUCACCAGUAGCAGUGGUCUUGGACUUCCAAAGAUUCUCCAAGAUUUCCGAGAACUGGUCAAGAAGGGGUUACCACUGGAUCACUCUACACUUGCUGCGGUCAUCGAUGCGAUACGUCAUAACGAUAGUUUGGAUGAUAGAAAGCUCCUGCUCGAGCAUAUUCUCGCCUUCCUCGCUCGCCUUCCUUCCGGAUCAGUUUCUCAGAGUCUCCAGAACAAAGUUAUUGUUUUAUUGUAUAAUGACCUCACUCACCCUCCCGCUACGUAUAUUGGGAACAAAUAUAAAUUUCGCACUGCUGACGGGUCAAACAACAACAUUCUAUCUCCAGACAUGGGAAAGGCGGGAACACCUUACGCUAGGAGCGUACAGCAGUCCAAUCCCCUACCGGGGCGGGAAAUGCCAGACGCUGGCCUAAUUUUCGAUACUCUCUUGAAGCGUGACGGGUUUGUCAAGCAUCCGGGAGGAUUGUCUUCCCUCAUGUUCGCAUUCGCCGCACUUGUCGUACAUACGGUAUUCCGAACAUCACGCCAUGAUAUCAGCAUCAACGAGACGUCUUCCUACGUAGAUUUGGCACCUUUGUAUGGGCAUAACGAAGCAAGCCAAAGCAAAGUUCGAAAGUAUGAUGGUUAUGGAAAGUUGCACAAUGACGUAUUCGCCGAAGACAGACUUAUGCUGCUUCCGCCCGCUGUCUGUGCUCUGCUAGUGUUGUUCUGUAGGAAUCACAACUACAUCGCCCAAAAAUUGUUCGAAGUUAACGAAAGUGGUGCAUAUCUGGAUCCAUUACUGUUAUCAGCAGCUGCUGCUCUCAAACAAGAUGAAGAGUUAUUUCAGACUGCUCGUCUGGUCAACUGUGGCUGGUUCGGAAAUGUUGUAUUUUCUGACUACUUCUCAUGCAUUUUGGGUCUCGUACGAGAGGGUAGCAGCUGGAGUCUAAACCCGUUUGGUGAAUUUCGAAAAGAUGAUCAUUCCUUAUUCGAGCGCGGAGAAGGGAAUGUUUGCAGCGUUGAGUUUAACUGCCUUUACCGCUGGCAUGCUACCACAAGUGCCAAAGACGAAACCUGGGUGAAUGACCUGAUGGACGAUAUGUUUGACGGGAAAGCAUACGAUGAAAUUUCCUUAGCCGACUUCAAGGUUGUUGGAAAGAAGUUGAGCGAAAUGGAUCCGGACGUGACCCGUUGGACUUUUGGACACAUGGUUCGAAGAAAGGACGGCUACUUUAAGGACGAAGACUUGGCCAAGAUUUUGCACGAUGCGACCGACGAGCCUGCAGCCGCUUUUAGAGCAAGGGGAACACCUCCUUCCAUGCGGCUCCAUGAGAUAUUAGGAAUAGAGCAAAAUCGGCAUUGGGGUGUAUGCUCUCUUAACGAUUUCCGAAAGUUCCUAGGACUAAGACCUUUCUCUACAUUCCUAGAAUGGAAUUCCGACCCCAACAUUGCCUUUGCUGCGGAGAAGCUAUACGGCAACAUUGAUAGUCUUGAGCUGUAUGUUGGGCUGCAAGCUGAGGAAGCCAAACCACUCGUUGACGGAGCCGGGUUAUGCCCGGGUUACACAAUUAGCCGUGCUAUCCUCAGCGAUGCGAUUGCCCUUACACGUGGUGACCGGUUCUUCACUCGCGACUUCACGCCUGCCAACCUCACCGCCUGGGGUUUCGCCGAUUGUCAACGUGAUCCCAAUGCCUUCGGCUUUGGAGGAGCUCUCGGGAAGUUAUUCCUCAGAACCCUUCCCUGUGAGUUCGGCGAGGAUGGGAACAACGUUUAUGCUUUUUUCCCAUUGAUGACACCCCAGUCAAUGAAGGUUCACUUGACAAAAAUGGGAUUAGAGGAUCAAUAUGGCUUGAAGAGACCGGUGAAAAAGGAAGCAACUGCGAGUGUUGGCUCUAAACAGGCUCGAAAGGCGGCAAAUGUUCUAGAAGCCGAAGGCAAAGGCUUCUACAUCGUUGAAAAUAACGAGGAGCGCCGUCGAGUUGUAUUGAACGCGCUCAUUGCGUUCAUGGGGUCAGAGGACAAGAUCGGACAGUAUUUCUACGCCCAGACCAUUACGCUUAUGUCGGAGCAAUCAUUCUGCAAGGUGGGAUGCGAGAAGCGUGUGAUCGAUAUCGUCCGUGACGUUUUGAAACCUCUAACGAUUGGUUUUGUUGCAACGGAAGUGGCCGGCAUUUCUUUGACCAAGGGUUCCCACCGUGGAUCGUAUACCCCAUUGGAGUUGUAUGACAUCCUGGGAAAUAUCUACGAAUGCAUACUCUUGGACGUAGAGGGAUCCAGACUCGUAAACUUGCAGCAGAAAGUACGCCACGAUGUCAAGCACUUGGCCAAUCAUUUCAGAUAUGCUGAUAAAUUCUCCAUCGUCAACUUCGUUGAAAAUGCGUUUUGGCUAUACGGGCGCGGUAACCAAGGACCCGACAUCAACUUUGCUAAACGUCUUGUCGACCUCGGGAUUCCUGGAGAUGAAGUCACCAACACGAUUUUGGCCGUUAUGGUGGGUGCGUCCGUGGAACUGUCUCUGGCUCUGACCAACGUUGUUAAUAUCUGUCUGAGGCCUGAGUCUCGAACAGGGGACAUUGAAAGCCGUGUUCGCGGUGCCAUGCGCGAAGAUCCUACUUUCCGCGGGGCGUCAAUUGGCUUAGAACCAGCUCUAGAUGGAAACAUGCAGCAAGAGAUCUUCGGACUAUCACAAUGCCUAGGAGAGUCGCUCACUAUGAAGAUUCUGAGCGAAACACUGCGAGCUGUGUGCAGCUAUCCUGGCAUAUGUCGGGGACCAGGUCAAUCGGGUGUGUUGUGUCGGUUCAAGAUUGAGGACAAUGUUAGACGUCAACUUCGGUACGGGUAUCUGGAUAACAACAAGAAAGUAUCCCCGUGGCCUACAUCUUUAAUGUUGCAGUUCGACGAAUCCUUGGAAGAUUUUAUCGAUCUCUCCCUCCAGACUGUAGUCUAACCUCAGUGUGGAGACAGCUGUUAUGUAAUUACUUGUUGCCGUGUAUCCUCCAGUAAUGCAGGAGAUUUCCGUUGUUUUUAUCACUGUGUCUUUGCCAUUUUUCCCUCACGCUUCUCGUGAUAUCUCUAGAAAGAUGGACGAGAACAAAAGUAGAAAACGAC